AUCCAGUCUCCGUAUUCUCCUCCGCCCCCAGAAUCCAACUCCCCGACCAUCCACGCCCAGAACGCCGGCUCCCUCCCCCCACCUUACUCCGGUUUCUCUCCGCGAAUCCCCCCACGGAAGGAGCUGAAAAUGGGAAAGAUACUUGGGGGUGGUAGGUUGCAUAAUGGACUCUAUUAUCUAUCAACUGAUGAGAAAAAUAUGAACUCUUCAUUGACGGGAUAUGCAUUGUCUGCUGAAGGUGCCACUUCAGAACUUAUGUUACACCAUCGUAGUUGUUGUUUGGGGGGUCUGGCCAAAGCCGAAUCAACAGACAGAGCAUUGAACAUUCAUCAAGAGUGGAACUUAGGCCACUCAUCAAUCUAUAGAAAAAGGAUAUGGUCAUCAAGUCCAGACAAAAUGGAAAAUAAUACCAGUAAUUUUCACUCCUCUGAAGCACAUCUGUCUUCGGGUCCUGCUUCAGUAGGUGAAGAAAAGAAAUUUUCAGAGCAAAAUGGGAAUAACUCUUCAUUUAUCAACCAAGGUGCUAUAGCAUGGAACGAGAUGAGAAGACAAUGGGUUGGAGACCGGUCAAAACAUUCCCAUAGAACACCAAGAGAACCUGUGAUAAGCUGGUGCACCACCUACGAGGACUUACUGUCAGUCGGUCAGCCUUUUCCUCAACCGAUUCCAUUAUCUGAAAUGGUAGAUUUUUUAGUGGAUAUCUGGUAUGAAGAAGGGCUCUAUGAUUAGAUGAGGAAUAUCUAUGGGGCAGCUUGAUGGUUGCAGUUGCUAUUCUUUGUAGGCCUAUCAUUACCAGCUUGCAGCUGUUUUAGCAUCAUGACAAGAAGCUACUUUUUCCUUCUUUUUUUUUUUUGAAUGUCAAGAACAAAAUCAAUGUUCAAUAUUAGAUAUUCGUCAGACAGUUAAAAAAAAUGUACUCAAUUACUUUACCUUGACUAAAUGUGAUUUGAGGGCCUUGUUCAGUAAGGUAAAAGGGUUCACUUGAGAAAGUCUGGGAAGCUUGCUGUAUGAGCCGAGCAAGUUCUGUAAAUUUUAGAAGAAACAUAUUAUUAGUAUUGAAGAUGAAGCUUUUGAAUGGAACUUAUAUUUCAGAU